GCCACCCGCUGUACUCCAGCCUGGAUGACAGAGCAAGACUCCGUCUCAAUCAAUCAACCAAUCAAUCAAUCAGUAAAGGUUGUGAUCACUAUGAGAGGGUCACCGCAGUGAGGGAUGACAGUAGCCAGUGCCUUUAUCUGUUACUAAACUAAGAAACAAAUGACCAAAGAUUAAUUCCUUUUUAUUUAUGACCUUUUACACAGUUCAGUCUACAGACUUAAUCUGUGCCUAGUCCUAGGGGCAGAAAGAUCUGUGACUUGGUCCCUGCCCCGAGGCAGCUCAUCUUCUGGAGGUAGACGCAGCAGAAGUAGCUGCUGUGAUAUGGCAUGGGCUCUGUUGGAGAAAACUGGAUCUUGAAACAAGGAAAAAUGUUUCUAGAAUGCUCUUAGGACGUGCUGCCAAGGACUGUUGAUGAUGUUGCAGUUGAUGGUGAAUGCCUUCUGGAAGCAACCCGGGUGGAGGACACGGAGUUACUUUUGCUAAGGAGCCAGCUCAGAGUGGAUUCUGUAAGCUGAGCCUCAUCUGGAGCUUGAGUCUGCACCUCCCUGCAGAAUUGCCGGGCUUCAUGCAGGCAGUCAGCUGCCUGUGAUUGGAGGGCUGGUGCUGGUGGGGAUAAUGAACUUGGUAGUGUCGGCAGAGGUGAUUGGCCGGGCUCUGCUGCAGUGAGAAUGCAGACUGGAUGCUCGGGUCCUCGGCUUGGGUGAUGAGCGAGGACAGCUGAAUAACUGGGAGCUCGAAGUUGCUUGCUGCCUCUGGGAGUGGUCUGCUUGGCUGUCGCGUUUUCCUUUUUUUUGUUGUUGUUUUUUAAAAAAGCCAAACGUUUGCUCACCAUCACCUGCAGAAGUGAGUUUUUAUUGAAGAAGCUCCAGCUGCUUUCUCCUUAUUGCCGGCAGCCCGGCAAGGCUCCCUUACAGUGAGCUACUUCUCAGGCCGGGCACGACAGCAGUGCUAGCACAUUUGAAAAAGCAGGAAACCGCCCCUGCAUGCAGAGCUUCCAGCCUGAGAACUCCCAGGCCAGUCUUCCCAGCAGCUGUGUAGCCAGAGAGCCUUGGUAUUGUGGUCACAUCCCUCAAAAGUGAACAGUCACCAUCGGAGGCGUUUGGAGGAGACUGUGAUGUUGCAGAUGCUGUGGCAUUUCCUAGCUAGCUUUUUCCCCAGGGCUGGGUGCCAAGGCUCCAGAGAGGGGGACGAUCAUGAAGUCAGAGGCACCCCAGCCCCUGCCCGGACAGACCAGAUGGCAAGCUUUUUGGGGAAAAAGGACGGAAGGGCUGAGGCCACGGAAAAGAGACCCACCAUUUUGCUGGUGGUUGGACCUGCAGAGCAGUUUCCUAAGAAAAUUGUACAAGCUGGAGAUAAGGACCUUGAUGGGCAGCUAGACUUUGAAGAAUUUGUCCAUUAUCUCCAAGAUCAUGAGAAGAAACUGAGGCUGGUGUUUAAGAGUUUGGACAAAAAGAAUGACGGACGCAUCGACGCACAGGAGAUCAUGCAGUCCCUGCGGGACUUGGGAGUCAAGAUAUCUGAACAGCAGGCAGAAAAAAUUCUCAAGAGAAUACGAACGGGCCAUUUCUGGGGCCCUGUCACCUACAUGGAUAAAAACGGCACGAUGACUAUCGACUGGAACGAGUGGAGAGACUACCACCUCCUGCACCCCGUGGAAAACAUCCCCGAGAUCAUCCUCUACUGGAAGCAUUCCACGAUCUUUGAUGUGGGUGAGAAUCUGACGGUCCCCGAUGAGUUCACAGUGGAGGAGAGGCAGACGGGGAUGUGGUGGAGACACCUGGUGGCAGGAGGUGGGGCAGGGGCCGUAUCCAGAACCUGCACGGCCCCCCUGGACAGGCUCAAGGUGCUCAUGCAGGUCCAUGCCUCGCGCAGCAACAACAUGGGCAUCGUUGGCGGCUUCACUCAGAUGAUUCGAGAAGGAGGGGCCAGGUCACUCUGGCGGGGCAAUGGCAUCAAUGUCCUCAAAAUUGCCCCCGAAUCAGCCAUCAAAUUCAUGGCCUAUGAGCAGAUCAAGCGCCUUGUCGGUAGUGACCAGGAGACUCUGAGGAUUCACGAGAGGCUUGUGGCAGGGUCCUUGGCAGGGGCGAUCGCCCAGAGCAGCAUCUACCCAAUGGAGGUCCUGAAGACCCGGAUGGCACUGCGGAAAACAGGCCAGUACUCAGGAAUGCUGGACUGCGCCAGGAGGAUCCUGGCCAGAGAGGGGGUGGCCGCCUUCUACAAAGGCUAUGUCCCCAACAUGCUGGGCAUCAUCCCCUAUGCCGGCAUCGACCUCGCAGUCUAUGAGACGCUCAAGAAUGCCUGGCUGCAGCGCUAUGCAGUGAACAGUGCGGACCCCGGUGUGUUUGUGCUCCUGGCCUGUGGCACCAUGUCCAGUACCUGUGGCCAGCUGGCUAGCUACCCCCUGGCCCUAGUUAGGACCCGGAUGCAGGCACAAGCCUCCAUUGAGGGCGCUCCGGAGGUGACCAUGAGCAGCCUCUUCAAACAGAUCCUGCGGACCGAGGGGGCCUUCGGGCUGUACAGGGGGCUGGCCCCCAACUUCAUGAAGGUCAUCCCAGCUGUGAGCAUCAGCUACGUGGUCUACGAGAACCUGAAGAUCACCCUGGGCGUGCAGUCGCGGUGACGGGGGGAGGGCGGCCCCGCCGUCGACUCACUGAUCCUGGGCCGCAGCCCGGGGUAUGCAGCCAUCUCAUUCUGUGAAUGUGCCAACACUAAGCUGACUCGAGCCAAGCUGUGAAAACCCUAGAUGCACCCCAGGGAGGGUGGGGAGAGCUAGCAGGCUCCAGGCUCACAUGUGUAGGAACAGGACAUUUUCUGCAGUGCCUGCCAAUAGCGAGCUUGGAGGCCGGCUUAGUUCUUCCAUUUCAGCUGCUGGCCACGGCCCCUGCCCUCUGGCCUGCCGUGCAUCUCCCUGUGCCCUCUGCUUCCUGCCUCUCAGCUGAUGUAAUAAGGUGGGAGGAGGGCUACAGCCCACAUCCCACCCCCUCAUCCAACCCCGUAGUCCAUGGUGAAAGGUGAGGUCACGUGGCCUCCCAGGCCUGACUUCCCAACCUAAAGCAUCGACGCCAACUUGGCUGUGCAAGGAAGAGGAAAGGGUCUGGCCUUGGCACUCACUGGCAUCUGAGCCCUGCUGAUGGCUGGGACUCCUGGGCAUGCAUGGGAGUGCAUGGGGCUCGGGCUGCCUGGCCUGGCUGCACAGAAGGCAAGUGCUGGGGCUUAUGGUGCUCUGAGCCGGCUCUGGCCCCGUCAGGAUGGGCACCACCUCAGAACCAAACUCACUGUCCCCACUGUGGCACGAGGGCAGUGGAGCGCCGUGUUUGAGGGCGAAGGGCAGAGCAUUGGCGUGUUCUGGCAAGGGAAGGAAAAGGUGUUGGAGGCCUUAAUUAUGCAUUGUUGGGAAAAGGGUUUUGUCCAGAAAGACCAGCCAGACAAAUGAGCGACUUCUGUACUUCCAGAGGAAGACGAGGGAGCAGGGAGCUUGGCUGACUGCUCAGAGUCUGUUCUGACGCCCUGGGGGUUCCUGUCCAACCCCAGCGGGGGCGCAGCGGGACCAGCCUCACAUUCCACUCGUGUCACUGCUUGGAACCUAUUUAUUUUGUAUUUAUUUGAACAGAGUUAUGUCCUAACUAUUUUUAUAGAUUUGUUUAAUUAAUAGCUUGUCAUUUUCAAGUUCAUUUUUUAUUCAUAUUUAUGUUCAUGGUUGAUUGUACCUUUCCAAGCCCACCCAGUGGGGUGGGAAGAGAAGAAGAAGGGGGACCUUGGGCCGCCGCAAUCACGUCUGUCCAGAGAAAUUCCUUAUGGGACUGAAGGCAGAAAAGCGGCCAGAAGGCAGCAGCCCUGGGUCCUUUCCUUUGGCAGGUUGGGGAAGGGCUUUCCCUAAGCCUUAGGAUUUCAGGGUUUGACUAGGGGCCUGGAGAGAGAGGGAGGAACCUCAAUAACCUUGAAGGUGGAAUCCAGUUAUUUCCUGCACUGCGAGGGUUUCUUCAUUUCACACUUUCUGAAUGUCAAGGCAGUGAGGUGCCUCUCACUGUGAAUCUGUGGUGGGCGGGGGCUGGAGGAGAGGGUGGGGGGCUGGCUCCCUCCCUCCCAGCCUUCUGCCGCCCUUGCUCAACAAUGCUGGCCAACUGGCGACGUCACGGUUGCACUUCCAUUCCACCAGAAUGACCUGAUGAGGAAAUCUUCAAUCUUCAGUAGGAUGCAAAGAUCAAUGCAAAAAUUAUUGUUAUAUAUGAACAUAUAUAGUUAUAACUGGAAUUGUCAAAAAGCAAAUUAAGAAAGAAAUGGAAGUUGGAAGUUGUCAUUUAAAGCAGCCUUCUAAUAAAGUUGUUUCAAAGCUGA